CCUGUUAUCGCUUCUCAGGAGAUGGGCGCAAAAGGCUGGGAGUUGGCCUGCAUAUUGGAGACUCCAGAGGUGGAGAUCGUAGGACUGACAAAAAUAACCAUGAAAGUGAUGCUUUUUUUCCAGAGGAAGAUUAGUUCAUAA